AUGGGAAAUGGUAAAAAAAAUUUUAACUGUAUCCAAAAUUUAGAUUUUAUAAUACAAAGGGAAUGCUAUUAUUCAAUCGUUUAUGGUGUUGUAAUUAAAUGGUAAGCAAUAGAUGAUGAAAGAAUUUAAGUUAUAAAUGAGUUUAACAUGAUUUCAUUCGAAAAUAAAACAUAUUCUCACAUUAACCCUAAUGUAGAAGAAGCUUUCAUCUCUUUGAUUAAUUUUUCCUACAAAUGUUCUAUUUACUUCGAUAUUUUGGUAUUUAUUUAGAGAUAUUAAUUUAGAUUUCUGAAUUAACAAAAUCAAAUGUAUCUGUUGUAAUAACUAAUCAAAACAAUAAAUUAUAAAAUCUUUGA